GCAUCACAUUUAACACACCCACCCAGAUGCUCACUCGCCACAAGACGUGCUUUCUCACGCUGCAACCCCUAGAGGUGUUCCUCUCUCUCCCUGCCUUUAUCUCUUGUUACCUGUCCGUUUGGCAGACAUUCUGGAUAGCGGUUGUUUUUGUGUGUGGAUGAUUCGUCACUUGCGGGGACUUUCCUGUGACAUUGAAGCGGGACCCAUGGCGUGUGAAGACCAAUGAGCGCCUCCGGUCCUCCACGUUUAACGGAUUCGUACUUCAGCGCGUUGGAGCUCAAGAACCUGUUCGCUGCGGGCUGCAGAGACGGAGAGGCGGCGGUGUGACGAGGAUGUGGCUUGCGCAAGUCGACCGUUGGUCUGAACCCGCUCGACCCGGGCCACCUGGACGCUCCCUGGUGUUUUUGCCCCUUUAAAAUCCGUGCGAUUCCAGCAAAAGCUGUACUCUGAUGCGAGUGAAAACCCACCGCUUGAACGCUGAAUCCUUUACUCAAGACGGCAAGUGAAGAUGGGUCCUUGGUGUUUAAUGUGUAUUUCAUUAGACUGGCGUCCAGUCUGAUCAACAUCAUCAGUGAUGUAGUCAGCCUGUGCAUCUGCGUGCUCAUCAUCUGCAGUAAAUACUCACAUCUGCUCAGAAGGGAGACCAUGAAGAUGAUCCUGCUGCGGAAAUUCCGGGUUUUGAUCCUCAUGGUGUUCUUGGUGGCGUGCUCCAUGCACAUCAUGAUAGACCUGCUGCCCAAGCUGGAGAGGCAUGGUGCGGGCGGAUGCUCCUGCUUGCACACGCCCAGCGAGGAGCCUCGCAGCUGGGCCAAGCAAGGCUGGCCCAACAAGCACACCCUGCGCAUCCUGCAGGACUUCAGCAACGACCCUAGCACCUCCAACGUCUCCUCCCAUUCCCUGGAGAAGGUCCCGGUGGCGGGAGACAAGACUCAGGGGUUCAGGAGGCUGGAGCUCUAUGGGCAGCGUGGCGAGAGGAAGAGGCAGUUCAUCCAGGACGCCACAGUGAGCAAGAACACACCGGUGAAAGGGUCCAGGCUGGCCACCUUAUAUGAACACCCUUUAUAUAAAAGGCCGCUGCCAGCGCUCACAGAUGAGGACACGCUGUUUAACGUCAACACAGACAUCCGCUUUGACCCCAAAGCAGCAGAACAGGAGUGGAACGGCGAAGGCAACCCAGAUGAGUUCAGCCCGACCGGAGAGCUGACGGCGGACUCCUAUCCCAACUGGCUACGCUUCCACAUUGGAAUCAAUCGUUACGAGCUCUACUCCAGACACAACCCUGUCAUCGAUGCUUUGCUGAAGGACCUGGUCGUCCAGAGGAUCACCAGCGUGGCAAUGAAAUCUGGAGGCACCCAGCUCAAGCUCAUUAUGACCUUCCAGAACUACGGCCAGGCUCUCUUCAAACCCAUGAAGCAGACUCGUGAACAGGAGACGCCCCCGGACUUCUUCUAUUUCUCUGACUUUGAGAGACACAAUGCUGAGAUUGCUGCCUUCCACCUGGACAGGAUUCUGGACUUCCGCCGCGUGCCCCCUGUGGCUGGCCGAGUGGUCAAUAUGACCAAGGAAAUCCGAGAUGUCACACGAGAUAAAAAGCUGUGGAGGACAUUCUUCAUAUCACCAGCCAACAAUGUGUGUUUUUACGGGGAAUGUUCAUACUACUGCUCCACUGAGCACGCUCUGUGUGGCAAACCAGACCAGAUAGAAGGAUCCCUGGCCGCCUUCCUCCCAGACCUCGCACUGGCCAAACGCAAAACAUGGAGGAACCCGUGGAGACGCUCCUACCACAAACGCAAGAAGGCAGAAUGGGAAGUGGACCCAGACUACUGCGAGGAAGUCAAACAGACUCCCCCCUACGACAGCGGGACGAGACUAUUGGACAUAAUGGACAUGACCAUCUUUGACUUCCUCAUGGGAAACAUGGACCGGCAUCAUUAUGAGACGUUUGAAAAGUUUGGAAACGAGACGUUCAUCAUUCACCUGGACAACGGCAGAGGGUUUGGAAAGCACUCUCAUGACGAGAAGUCCAUUCUGGUUCCGCUGACCCAGUGCUGCAGGAUACGCAAGUCCACACACUUGCGUCUGCAGCUGCUGGCUAAGGAGGAAUACAAGCUGUCCAUGCUCAUGGCAGAGUCCCUGGUGAGGGACAGGCUCAGUCCCAUCCUCAUCCAGCCACACCUGGAUGCCAUGGACCGUCGCCUACGCCAGGUUCUGCUGGUUCUAGCUGAAUGCAUUGAAAAGGAGGGUUAUACUUACGUGGUGGAGAACGACCUCCAAGAGGACCAAUGGACCGACCACACGGGGCCGAGAAGGAGGUAGCUGGCCAGUGGGCCAGUAAGCUGGAUGAGACUGGAGCUUGAAGUCCUGGAACUUCCUCCUGAUGUGAACUGAAUACUUUCAGGCCCAGCCGCCUAAACGUCAGAACCUGCUGGACAUGCGACAGAACUUGUGCAAUGACUUGAUACAGGUGAAGUGGAUCUGAGUCUUGAGUUCCCACUCAAAGAAUCUUCACUUAGAACAGCGUCACAGCAGAUGCGCGAGCUGAUGAUGAUGAUGUAUGAGAAGCCUUCUCUUUUGUCUUCUUAUGGACCUUUUUUUGAAUUCAGUGAAUUCUGAGGGACUUGAAAAGCCUCUCCCAGCUGAAUAAUACGUUUCUACGUCCUGCUGGCAUCACAAAUGGAGGAGGAGAGGCCAGCUUGGUUUCUGUAGACUUCGUGAUAUACAAAUAUUUUUUGUGGGUUUACAGUAAAAUAUUUGAUCUGUUGCUUGUUUUCUAUCAUGGCUGUUCAGGAAUGAAAUUAUUUUCAUUGGAGUGCAGGUUAACUCCUGGAUUUCCCCCUCAAUGUCCUUGAGAAAGUAUUUAUUUAAAAUCAUAUUUAUUGUCUGAAAUUAAUAGGUACAAAACCAGCCUCAUCUCGUUUAAAAAUAACGCUACACCAUAGUUGUGUUCUUCCUUAUUUGUCCACAAGAGGGAGACAUUACUUUGUGCAAAAGCAACGACUAGCAGGACAGGACAUGCAACAUUUGCGAAUUUUAUCAAGCAUAAAGACUGGAAUCAAAGUGGCUAAUAUUGAUGAGCAUGUUUACACUUCAGUUUUUGUCUGUUCCCAACUACUGUUUAUGUUCGUAUGUUCCAAUGUAACACAUACAAUGCCAGCCACAAUGUUAAGUACAUUUCCACAAUCUAUUGAGAUCCAAUGGAGAAUAAAACAAUAUGUUUAUUAUUGUAGCGAAACUGCACUGCGUCAUACUGAGAGCUGUUUAUCAUUCUUUUAUUGCAUUUAAAUAGAUUGCUCAGGUGUACCUAAUGUUGUGGCCAGUGAGUGUAAGUGGCAAUGGUACCAAAAGCCUGAUGUUUCACAGAUAGUUUUAUAUUAUUGUUUUUUUGGAAUAUCUUUUGAGUCCAGAUGUUGUGGAUAGGGAUGCUCCGAUCGACUGGCCACCGAUCAACAUCGGACAAUUUCCGUGAAAAAGCACGUCAUGGGCAUAAGCCCAUAAAUUGAUCGCCUCUGGCUCGUACUAUUGCAGCAUGCAGCCUGUAGCGAGCGUCUCCCGCCCACUUUCCUUUACACUGCACAGGCGUGCCAAAAACACAAAACAAACAUGUCUGCCUUGUGGAACAUGCCAUUUGAGAGAGCGAUAUAAAUUUUGCACACUGCAAAACAUGCCAGGAAAAAUAUCUUGCGGGGCUAGCACGCUAAAAAGCUUUAAUUUAAUAUAUUUGAAGAACAAACACUUGAUGGAGUAUGGUGACUUCGAUCAUCAGUGAAACGGCAGCUAACGUAGCCAAAAGGCUGGACAACACGCGCCCGUAUGUGCAUGACAUUCAGAAGUCUAAAGCAAAUUGAAUUUACCAGAUGAUCAGCCUCUCUCAGCGGCGGAAGACACCAGGUUUGCCGACUGCUCUCUCACUGGGAGCCCUGCUGCAUGAUACCUGGAAGUCCUGCUAGAAUGCCAUCAAACUAUGUACUCUCACAUCCAAACUCUCCUUCAAGAAGGCGUUUCAUCUUCUGUAGGUUUCAUGAAUGAUAUUUGUUCUCUUGAAAAAGUAAGUCAAAUACGUCUUUGUCUUUGAUAUGUCCCUCCUUUUUCAUAUCAUAUAGCCAAUAGGGGUGCAACCAGGAAUUCUGGUCUCCAUGAAAACGGGGCACCUCUCCACACUUUUAUUGUUUUAAUAGUUACCGAUUUUUUGGGUCCCGUGGCAGUCAGGGGUCCUUGGAAUUGGCCUAACUUGUCCCUCUUAUACGGCACCACGGGCCAAUAGCACUCAUCAUAAAUCAAUUUUAAAAUGUACCCUUAAUCUAUGUGAUUGGUAUCGGUCGAUUUCACUCAUGGUAUCGGAAUAAAACCCUGAUCGGAGCAUUCCUAGUUGUGAAGAAAUAAUUUUUAGAGAUGUAAAUUUCAUUGAUGAACAGCAGCUUGAUGGCUGGGCUGUUGGUGCCAAUGCUUCUGUCUUUGGCUCAAGUUUAAUAUAUACAAUAGGAAAUUCUAGUGCCUGUGCAAUGAUAGAAAUACUUGAAUGUCUGGUUUCAUAACAGCCGAAAAAAGCUGUUUCAACUCCUCCCAGUAAAGAUAAGGUGGGGAGGUAUUUGUUUGUAGAAGUGAGUGCUGACUCCAUCUGUUCCAUCAACUGUUUUUUACAGUCAUGUGUCAAUACAGUGUGUGUGUUUGUGUGUGUGUGUGUGUGUGGGAGCAGUGGCGGAGCUACGUGGCGGCCACCCCUGGUCACUCUCCGGCCACCCCACUGGCCAUCUAGACAUUUCAGGUAUCAAUUUAUUGCCACCCCCAUGUGAGUAAUGGUCUAAUCUGGGCCACCCCAAUGAAAAAUGUAUGGCUCUGCCACCGUGUGGGAGUGGAUCCAUGGAGAACAUGUUAUUCAAGUUCAUCAGCAGCACAUCGUCUCUGUGUUUUUUCUUUUCAUUUUUUGCAUCAUCGUUAAAGUGCAAUAAAACAAAAUAAACCAAAA